AUGUCUGACGCAUCGACAACGAUCCCGAAAGAGGCUGGUUCUAUUCGCAAGGGCGAACCCCUUUUCAUCAAGGGACGGCCUUGCAUGGUGGUGGAGAUUUCUACCAAGGUUGGUGCAAAGCACGGUCGCACGGCGUGCCAUUUUGUGGGAACUGAUAUUAUCACCAAUGAAACUGUGGAAGAUACCGUGCCGUCUACUCACAUUUGCGACGUUCCAGUCCUUUCUAAGGACGACUAUCAACUCGUAUCUCUCGAUGAUGAUGGCUUCGUAACCGUCACGACGCCAGAGGGUGAUAUAAAGACCAAUCUUCACCUUCCGACCAAUGAGGCUCUCGCCUCCAAGAUCAAGAACGGACUUGAAGAAGGCAAGGAACUUGCGGUGAGAGUAAUGAGCUAUACUGGUGAGGAGGCUACAGUGGAGUAA